UCACCUCCAUCGCGGGGCGUCGCAGCGCAGCUUCAAAAGAGAGCUCUCGCAUCUACAACCAGCACAAUGUCCGCCCAGCCACAAGGGGAAUCAGUCAACCUCGACACGCUCCAUCCGGAGCAGCUCGCCCAAGUCAAGAAGCAGCUCGACGAGGAGCUCGAACACCUCACCAACUCCUUCCAACAACUCCACGGCGCGUCGAACAAAUUCCGAGAUUGCUUGCGUGUCGUAAAGUCGCGACAACAGGCCGCAGAGGGAUCGAAUAAUGUGCUGGUCCCAUUGACGAACUCGCUGUACGUGAGCGGGCAGUUGACGAAUACCGAUCGUGUGUUGGUGGAUAUUGGCACAGGUUUCCUCGUGGAAAAGGACCUCAAAUCGGCUGCAAAAUUCUACGAGAACAAGGUCACAGACCUCACAAACAACCUGAAAGAUCUCGAGACCAUUGUGCAACGGAAACAGCAAAACGCACGGACGAUUGAGGAGGUACUAAGGCAGAAGAUCAUGGCCCAGCAGGCCCAGGGAGAACAAGCGCAAGCCGCAUGAAAAUAUAUCAAUAAAACUUUUCAACUCCAACUCCGCACCUUCCCAUUGUUUUCAUGAAGCACCCGUGCUACGGACGUGCCGAUUGAGAAUUUUGGAAUCUCAAAGCUCGAUCAAGUCCUCGGACGAAUCGGUUUCGCGGUCGCUGUCUUUUUCUUCGUGUCCGCUGCCCAGAUCCAUAUUUUCGAACAUGGUUGACAUAGCGUCUGAAGCCUUUCUAGGGCUGGUGAGCGCCUCGGGGGGUUCG